CAUAAAAUACUUUUAAUUACGUUAUUGAAUCGUAAGCUACUUCGGUAGGCAGCGACUUGGUUCUGUCCCUGGCAUUGCUGAAGUCCGUGUAACUCACCAUCAGGUGGGCCGUACCAAACAGGUCUGCCUAGAAGUCCAAUAAAAAAAUUCAUACAGUGUUUUUUUUUGUACAAAUUAGAAAUAACUGGUUUUCGAACAUUUUUGUGCAACCUUCUAAUUCAAUUUCAAUUACUCUAAGUUAAUUCAAAAAGAACUCAUUUACUUAGUACGAUCAGACGAAAAUUAUUCCAAAGGUUUUUUUUUACGAUAUUCAAACGGAAUAUUUACUUUAAAUUCUACAACUAUGACUCAUUGCUUUCAAUUAUUUUAUCGCAGGUCAAGUGUAAAUCCAUUUAGAAUCCCAGUCUUGCUACGUAUAACGGAACAGAACCCGUCAAAUCUAAUGUCAACGCAUAGAAAAAUUUGUACCUCUGUGUCAAAAUUUAAUCAAAAUUCAAUGUAAAAACAAUAACAAUUUCAAAUUAACUUGAAAUUUAACGUGCAGUGAUCCAUGAACACCGAAAUUUCCUGUGUUUAAUACGAGAAAAGCGACAUGGCGGAAAAAUCAACUGAUUCAAGUGCGAGUGAGGCAAGCAGCUCGCAAAUCAGCGAUGAAAAGCAGUCCGGUAACUGGUGGGACUCUUGGUUGUCAUCUGCUAAAACUAAAUCUGCAGAAGUGUAUACAAUGGUGAAGAAAGACCUCGACGAAAUAGGCAGUGCUGUUAAAUGUGAAGCAAGUCAUGUUUUCAGCACCACAUCCAAUGUUAUAGGCAAGACUCUGAAGUUGGAUGUACCAGAGUCACCUGCUAAUGCUAUGAAAAAGAGUAUCAGCACAUUCAUCGGUCAAGUGAGUACGGUCCUGAAUCCGGAGCCAGAUGAUGAAGACGACACAGAAGUUAUACUGUCCUCCGGUGACACUACCAUGCUGUCAACGUACAAGAAAGAACUAGAAGCUCUACAGCGCGUGGACGCUACCUUCAUAGUGCCGGCCUACAGUCCAGAGUUUGAGGCUUGGAAGGCCAGCCUUGAGACAUCCGAGGCCGGUAUAGUGUCGCCGGUGUCGGCCGCCAGACGCCUCAACUCGAAUCCCGUGCUGAAAGCGCAGUACGACAAGCUUGUGCCGGAUGCGGUCUCACACGAUGAAUUUUGGGAACGGUACUUAUUCCGUGUAGCCCUACUUCAAGAUAAGCUGGCCGCAGCCUCUCGCAAGCAAACCAUCGAGGAACCCACCAAUGACCCCGUAAUGGCGAAUUUACCAUUAGAAUCACAGCCACAAACUCCCGAAAAAGUUCCAGAAAAAGUUCCAAUCAUAGAGAACGAAAAGAAUUACGAGAACGAAGACAUAGACAACGUCGUCACCUGGGAGGACGAAGACUUCGCUCAUGACGUAGAACUGACGGAGGAACAGCAAACUCUGCUUCUAGAGGAAUACGAGAGGGAGAUCGCUUCGAAAAAACUCGCAAAACAGAACACGACAUGCGACUCAGUCAACAACAACAAUAACAAAGCGGAUAAUCCAACGAAAAAGUCCACGAACAAGACCACAGAUAACAUGAACAACAGGAACAUAGACAAAAACAAACAUGGCCGCACACCGGAAAAGGCGGGAAAACUAGACCCGUGCGGCAACAAUCUGGUCGAAGACUAUUUCGCUGAUAAGGAAGUCAAAGAUGACGCCAGUGCCAAUUCGGACGAGAGCUGGGAGAAAGAUUUCGAAAUUGACGAUGUCAAACAGAAAGCAUGAAUAAUUCCAGCCCUAGUGUUGUAGUAAUGAUGCCGGCCGCACACAUAUGUCCUAUAAGUCUGUAUGAAUGUUGGAUUUAGAAGAGGGAACUCGAAUCAAACACUAGUGACGAGAGCGAUCUAUAAACAAAUCUGUUGGACAGAUGAUCAAAAUAUAUUAGGGAAGAUAUUAGCGUCACUCACUCACCGAGUUUCAAAAGCCAUAACACUUUUAUUAGACAAGAUUGUUCCUCACUUAUCGGCCGCUCAUAUUCGAGAAGCUUCUACAGAUUCUAAAGAAUCAUGAGAGCAAUAACUAGUAACUAAUUUGGCUCGAAAUUAAACUGCGUGUCCGAUGUCAAAUAUGCAUAUUUUCUUUCAAUAAUAUGAUGUUAUUGCCGUUUCCAUAGACCUCACAAUGAGAGACCUUGCCUUCCUUGAUAAACAAAAGAUGAUUUCUCAAUUCUUGUGAUUGUACAAAAGCGGUAAUUCAAAUCGGAACCAUGGAAAUAAGCAGAAUGAGGGCUAGCAACAGACUCCAUUAGUAACUAAGGCUAAAAAAAAAUUUGAGCUAAGUAUGAUAAGAGUAAUCCACUAUAUUAAUAAAGCAGUCGAAUAAAAGUUUGUGUGUUUAUAUAUUUUGUGAUUGCCCCGUCAAAGCUCAGCCAUAAUGCACAUUUGACGGUACACGCGUAUGGCAAACUUUAGUCUCUGCCGAUGCGAGCAAGAAAUUGAAAGAUUAUAAACAUUUAAACCCAACCUCUAAACUAACAUUCAUACAGGCUUCCAUCGACGUGUGUAUAAUAUAAAUAAAAUAAAAGCCAUUCUUAAAUAUUGAAAAAUGUAUUUUGAUGAAGCUAUUCUCGAACUUGUAUAUAAGCAAGCUGCAUGACUGAUGAACAAUAUAUUAUACUAACGUUCAACAUAUGUACAGAGUGGAAAUGUGUUAUGAAAUACAAUGCAAAAGAGAGAAUCGCUAAAACCGCCUUCCGUAGAGAUUCGGAUGAUACAAGAUUGCAUUUGGUUACAUUCAAAUGGGUUAAUUAAUUAUUUUUUCUUUUAUACUUCCACUUUAGGCCGCCUUAGGUACCGGCAACAUACACUGCCUAUGAGGUAUGAGACGAAAUCAGAUACAGAUAGAUAUAUUUUUUUAUCCUACCUAUUAGCUGGUAGCCUAAGAGGCUAAUCCAAUUACGCCCGGGCGGGUAGGUGAGCUUACGGGCUCAACCUGAGAGAAUUUGCUAACACUAAUCCUAGCAAGAGCAGUGCUUCGCAGAAUCAACCAUUGGACCGGAAUCGCGACCCACUGAGAAGAUCCGGCGAGAAACUCAGUGGGCUGUGUGUAUUGGUUAACUACUUAUCGCGCUGCUUAGAGGUAGACUUUACCUUAUGCAGGGAUUAUUGUUUGCGGUAGAUUUUUCCCUCAUUCCCGUUUCUGUCGCGAAGCAGUCGAAGCGUUUCGGUGCGAAGAGUCUGUUAGCGGUUAAACUGCACAAUAGAAACUUCGGUCUUAAGUUUCAAGACGGAAAACGGUCUUGACCUUGUAAUGUCUGUGGGUUGAGCUCAUUCCCCCAUAUACGCGAUAAGAAAACACCGAUCAAAUGAUAUAUCUUCAACAGGUAAAUCGUACGUAAAUCUAUAGUAGCUCAGUAAGAGCCCAAGAAAACAUUUGUUACCCAUUCAGUGUGCUUAGUGCGAGUUUUUUAACGUUCUCGAUAACGUAAAAGUUAGCUUAUAUUUGUAUGGAAUGGGAUCGUUUGCGUACGUUUGCCGCUAGGGGCGCUGUUCCAACUGCAUACAAAAUUUGAUUACCUUUACCCUAUCGACAACGUUAAGAAACUUGCACUAAGCACACAGAUACCCAUCCAGUAAAGUUAGAUUCUUCUCGAACCCGUCGCUUGCGACGAAGGGCUUGGCGGGUAAAUUAACCCCCAGAUGCAGCCCACUGAGUUUCUCGCCGGAUCUCCUCAGUGGGUCGCGUUUCCGAUCCGAUGGUAGAUUCUGCGAUGCACGGCUCUUGGUAGGGUUCGUGUUAGCAACAACGUCAGCUUUGCAACGUUAUGCUGACAUAACCUCUCAAGGCUAUCAGCUUAGGCAGGAAAAAAAAUUAUUAGAAAGGCUACCGAAAAAACAGUAUUUGGUGAGUUAAAAAAAAUUAAAUUUUGUACAUAUAUUUUUUAUUUAAUCAGGAAUUGUGUGCAGGAUUUUGUAGUCUCGAAUUUUCGGUUCCCGUAACACAGGAGAAAAUGCUAAUUUGAGUCCGUUGCAUGCGAUUAAUAAUUUCAGUAGAUAAUAUUUUUUGUUUAGAUACUAAAAGAUUAGGCCGUUCGGUGUUUGAUAUAAUAAUUUGUUUCAUAAGUCACUUACACUCUGCAUUGAAAGUGUUAAGUGCACAUUAAAAUUUAGAAUGUUAAGUUUUUGUACCUACCUACCUACGGCAUUUAUUUAAGCGUCUCAGCAAAAGAAUAUGUCCAUGGUAGAAUUAGAAUUUAUUCAGUGUUAAAGCCUGAGCGCUUUUUUUUGGUUACAUUUCUACUAAAGUUGAAAAUGAUCUACCGUAACUAUGUAAAGAGUAAAUUGUAAUGCAUUUACGUGAAAAAUUCCAAAUCAGUAUUAGAUUUUUAAAAAAAACCUUAUUGAACGCAAAAAUAUCGGAUGGGGUGUAAAGUUAUCGUUCUCAAAUACGCAAAGCAAAGAUGUUUCCUAAUAAGACAAUAUUGAAAAAGGCGAUUGAAAAAUUACAAUUCAUUGACGGCUUUUUCAUUGCGCGCAGUGUAACACAAAAACAAAUGAACUGGUACGUGAGGUCAACGAACCUCGGUAUAAUCUUUUUCACUGUGCAGAUUAAUGAAAUAUUGCUUGUUUAAAACGAAAAGUAUUUAUUUUUAGCUAACAUUAUAAUCAAUUUGGUUAACUAAUAAAUAUUAUAAAUGAAUUAUUUCUACAAUACAGUCGCAAACUGCCACUACAUUUAAACAUCGACAAUAAAAAAUAUAGAAUCGAUGAAUGACAAUCAACCAUGGACAAAAAUAAUUAUUGAGUUACUAACCUUUUUAUAGUUUGUUUUUUUUUUUUACAAUAAGCCAUUCCAUACAAUAGUUGUUGUUGUUGUUGAAAAAAACAUAAUUUUCACGUUUACAUUUUAAUUGGACAACAUAUUUAUUACAAUAAAUGUUUCAUGUUCAAUUCCUGUCAUUAAUUAGGUUUCAUUACGAUAGAAUACGAAUUAAGCCCUAGAUGCAAUUUCUUUUAGUAAUUAGUGUAUGUACCUAUCAAUAAGGAAGUUUUAUUGUUUUGAAUUUAGGUAAUCGGCAUUCGAAGUGUGAUAUCCCAUCAGCGUUUAUUAAAGGACUGCUUUUCGUAAAUAAUAAAAAAAAAAAGUUUUGUAUAUUCACGUACAAAUUUAGAUCAAUAGUUUUUUUUUUCUACAACAAAAUAUGUAGCGCGUAUACGUUCGAGAAAUACAGAGUGCUUAGUGCGAUUUUCUUAACGUUCUAGAGAGGGUAAAAGUUAACCCAAUUUUGUAUGCAGUUGGAACAGCGCCCCUAGCGGCAAACGUACGCAAACGAUCCCGUUCCAUACAAAUAUGAGUUAACUUUUACGCUAUCGAGAACGUUAAAUAACUCGCACUAAGCACACAGGUUCGGUUUAAUCAUCGUUAACAGUUGCAACACUAAUAAGCUUCACUUGUCUUAGCUAUGAUGAAGUGAAUUGUUGUUACUCUAUCUAUGAUUUAAAAAAAAAAAAAAUUGCAUGGAGGUUGUUCAUAUAGUCGUAUUUUUAAUUAGACGAAGUCAACUGACGUUUACUGUGCUAUCAGUUUUUGAUGAAAUAAAAAUAGUGUUGUGACAAAGUGAAUGAUUGAAAAAACUCCUGAAUUAAUGAAAUUGCCUCGAUUGUCUAGUGAACAGUUAGUGUGAACUGCCGAUAUCGGGUACGGGGUUCGAAUUUUAGUCGUGCUUUGUACAUACUAACGAGUUUUCGACGAUUAUGUUCCUAUAGUAUCUACCUAUACUGAAUACAGACUGUUUUAAACAUUAAGGAAAACAUUGCGAGGAAACUUGUAAGAUUGUCCUAUUUUCAAUACAUCAUAUAGUUGAAAUUAUAGAUGUAUAAAAUAUAACAAUUAUAGGUAGGUAAUGAAAAUAAAAAAAGUGAUUGUAGUUACAUAUUACUAUUAACAUAUAUUAUAUUGGAGCACUUUAAUACAAUUUUAUUGUAAAAUAGAAAUAUUCUUUUAUAGUUUGAAAUGAUUAACUCUUCACACUCAUUGUUCAUUCAUGUGAUUGAACGAGAACUGAACACAUCACUAUUACUUUAAAUAUGGCAACAUUACAAAGUGAUAUUAGCUACUGUCAGCUGGCUUCGUCUAAUUAAAAAUACGACUAUAGAACCAGUUUUAAAAAAGCAAUGCUUUAUAUAAAGUGCCUUAAAAAUGUUUGCGCUAACAACAUUGAGAGAACGUAUAUGUCUGCAUUAAACUUGAAAAAUUUUGGCUGUCGCGUAUAAAAUUAUCUUGUGCAAUAAAAAUAUUAUACGAUUUAGCUCUCGGCCACAUUGUUUUCAUCUAAAUAAAUAUAUUUUAGGUUACGUCUCGACACUCAAUGUACACUGAGUUUCAUGUUUAGAUAUCGUUAUGUUUGUGUAAAUUAUGACUAUGAAUAAAAGUUAUAAAAAAUGGUAA